UUUUGUUUGUGUGUGACGUCACAGCUGUCGUUUGGCCUGUGUCUGUGUGCGCUCGCGCGUCAUCCGCUUCAUUCAGCCGUUUAUAUUUCCUUUAAAACUGCAGUAAAGAAACACGCCGCAUAUAAAUUCACAUUAAACUGCCUUUCCAAAACGUGCUGCAAUGGCUGACCCGAAGUAUGCCAACCUGCCGGGCAUCGCCUCCAACGAGCCUGACGUCUACGAGACGAGUGAUCUACCUGAGGAUGAUCAGGCGCAAUUUGAGUCGGAGGAGCUGUGCAGCGACAGCGUGGAGCGGAUUGUCGUCAAUCCCAACGCCGCUUACGACAAGUUCAAAGACAAACACGUCAGCGCCAAGGGUUUGGAUUUCUCGGACCGCAUCAGUAAGAAUCGCAGGGUGGGCUACGAGUCUGGAGAAUACGAGCUCUUAGCCGAGGGUUGUGGCGUGAAGGAAACUCCUCAGCAGAAAUAUCAGCGGCUGGUUAACGAGAUUCACGAGCUCUGCCAGGACGUGGAACGCAUUCAGGUCAGCACUAAGGAGGUCAGUGCGGAGGAGCGCUUGACUCCGGUGGCUUUGGCUCAGCAGGCGGCGCAGCUCAAACAGCAGCUGGUUUCUGCUCACCUGGACUCUCUGCUCGGACCCAACGCCCACAUCAACCUCACCGACCCUGAUGGAGCUCUUGCCAAGCGGUUGUUGACUCAGCUGGAGGUGGCGCGGGGCGUGCGGAGCGGGUUGGGUGGAGAGGGAAAGACGGCGCCACCCAAAGGCCCGGAUGGAGUGAUUCUCUACGAGCUUCACAGCCGACCAGAGCAAGAGAAGUUCACUGAAUCUGCCAAGGUCGCUGAGCUGGAGAGGCGGUUGGCUGAACUGGAGAUGUCGGUGGGCUCCGGCUCAGAUAAACAGGGUCCGCUCAGUGCCGGCGUGCAGGGAGCCAGUCUGACGGACACUAUAGAGCUGCUGCAGGCUCGGGUCAGCGCGCUGGACGCCGCCACUCUGGACCAGGUGGAAGCCAGAUUACAGAGCGUUCUGGGGAAGAUGAAUGAAAUUGCCAAACACAAGGCGGCCAUUGAGGAUGCUGAGACCCAAAAUAAGGUGUCUCAGCUGUACGAUGUGGUUCAGAAGUGGGAUGCGAUGGCGACGUCUCUCCCGCAGGUGGUGCAGCGACUGACGGCUGUCAAAGAACUGCAUGAACAGGCGAUGCAGUUUGGUCAGCUGUUGACCCAUCUGGACACGACACAACAGAUGAUCAACAACUCGCUGAAGGACAACACCACUCUGCUGACUCAGGUCCAGCAAACCAUGAAAGAGAACCUGGUGGCCGUGGAGGAGAACUUCGCCGCACUGGACCAGAGGAUGAAGAAACUCUCCAAAUAAAGAUCAUCCGUCUUACUCGAGGAGAGAGAAUGAAGGAAGAGGCAGUUUGACGUUCCUACCAUUAGAAUUGAGCUCUUUUUCUCAUGUCGCCCUUUUGUUUUUCCACAAAGCAGAUGAAAGUGUAGAUGAAGGUCGAGACCAAAUGUUUCACACUACAAACAUCCUAUAGCUUCACCCUUCCUCCCGAGACGCUUUAUCAGUCUGAUACUGUAACUCGCGCACACAAACCCAAAGUCUCAAACUGCCUGUUUGUGAAUGAUCUGAUGAGUUCUGUAGCAGCGAAAGAUUUGAAGCACUUUCCAUCAUGAUCGACAUGGACUUGUUCUGGAAGGUCGUAGAGCUGAAGUGAGCAGAUGCUGUGUGUAAAUACAGGCUUAUAUGUACUUUAACUUGUUCUCAUGAGAGAUCGCUUGUAACUGUUAUUGUAUUAUUGUGUGGAACACACUCCACAAAUUAUGAUCAUUUUCCAAUAUAGAAUUUCAAAUGCAUCUCUGGAUAAUAAAAUGCUUCCAGAAA